GAUUGGAGAUUUCUUUAUCAGACUUGGAUUGGAGAUUUCUCAAUCAAAAUAAGCUAAAGUUGUUAAUUCAAUGUAUUUACACGUGAAGAAAGUAUACUUGAAUAUUCAAUUGAUUCGCACAUUUAGGCUGGUUCUUCUUGGAUGAGUUUCUCAAUUAUCAGCGUCUCAAAUAAUUGAAAUAGCUUUCAACAGAUAUCAAAGCUUAUACUAGUAUACUAGUAGAUUGAUCCAAUAUUUCCACUCACUGAACCAUACUUUGCUAUCAAAAGUAAAACUGAGUAGCCAAAAAUUGACGGGAAAGUUUUCUAGUUCACGAGAAAGUCAAAUUGGAAGAACAUCCAUGCUCAUUUUCCAGCACAAUAAUACUUGAUUGAAUUAGAAGUAUUCUAUCCAUUAACUAUAAUGAUUGGGAAAAUUUUUAAACGAUUCCGAAAAUUGAUAUGCAUGUUCGUCAUCCUUCUAAUGACGUCACAUCAUGUCCUUCCGUCUCCUCUCAUCACCAAUUCAACACUCCACAAACGACAUAUUUCAUUGGACGAAUCUGAGAUAUCACACAAUGUAUUCACAGUGGACGAUCCAAACGAAAUAGGAAAUGGUAAAAUCAGACAUAAAAGACAAGAAUGCCAAGGCAGUUUCCAAUGUAACGAUGAUCAAUGGUGCUACGAUAACAUGUGUGACCAUCCGUGUCCUAGACUUCACUGUGAAACCGUUCAUCCACCAGAUGGUCAAUGUAUGGUGAGGGACCACCAACCCGUGUGUGUAACGGCCGACGGGUCGACCAGGCACGAAGAGAUAAAACUGGGUGGAGGUUGCGUAUUCAGUUCGGACUGUGGUGAGAAUGAGUGGUGUCGCAACAGCAUGUGUGAAGACCCCUGUCCGAGAAUGAAUUGUGGCGCAAUGUAUGACGAUGGCAGAUGUUCUGUACACAACCAUCAACCAGUCUGCAAACCCAGUGAUGAGUUCAUAAACCCGGACGAUUCCGGUUUAAAUAGGGAAGAAGGAGAGCCGUGUGGCCGAAGUAAUGACUGCAAACCCGACCUCGGCUGUAAAAAUGGAGUUUGCGUGGAUCCAUGUCGAUCGAUGAAUUGCGACAGCGUCGGCAAAGAAACCCAGAAAGUGUAUUAUCUGGGCAAUCAAGGAGGAGGAUUUUCAGGAGCCACCUACCAGAGUCACAAUAAGACAGUAAAAGCCGAAUGUGUGGUCUGGCUGCAUAUUGCUAGAUGUGCUGUUGUCUACUCUGAUCUUCCAAAACAUUUCACCGAGGUUGAAUCAUAAAGUGUCACAUAAUUAUGAGACCACUCUAUAACUAUUUAUUUAUUUAUCUAUCUAUUCACUCUAUAUAUUAUAUCUAUAUCAUAGUGAGGAUGUAAUUAUAAUGAUAAUAUAUCAUAGUGAGGUAGAAUGUAAUAUUGAUAUAUUCUUCUCUGGUGUUGAUUUGUGAGAUCUCAAAUAAAACUUCUCAUUCUAA